AUGAUGGAACUGUCGACGAUUGGUCAAUGGUUAAACAAAGUUGAGGGUGCGGCUACCUGGGUCAAAAAGGUGAUCAUCAAAAUAUUGGAUGUCGAACAUAAGUGCCCAGUAACUUCGAACCUGGCGGCCGUAGCAGUUCUACCACUCGCGCCCGCAGUAUCUGGCGCUAAAUACUUGUCGACGUGGCCAACGCAGCGGCGGCAACAGACAAUGAUGCUACCAAUGCUUCCCUUUCUUCUUCUCAGCUUUGCUGCUAUACUACAUGCCAAGUCAAGCACAGGCGACUCUGUGCUCGUUGUCUUGGAGCCUAGCUUGGACCAGAGCAAUUUCUCUGUGUUCUUCGAUGGGCUACGAGCGCGGGGUUACGAACUCACGUUUCGCGCGCCGAAGGCACUCACUCCCACAAUAAUCAAGGACGAUGUCCCCUCCUUCUCCCAUGUCAUCCUUUUCGCGCCUGAAACCAAAAGCUUCGCACAAGACAUCACACCACAGUCACUGGUGCAGUUACUAUCGUUGAAGACCAACCUUUUGGUUGCACUCUCUCCAAAGCAGACACCGCUGAGUUCACUGGCAGCCGAGUUCUCUCUUGUGCUCCCCCCUCCCGGCACCCCCGUCAUAUCUCACUUCCCGGAACGCGACACUCCAGCUUCCAUCUUCCCGGUAGAUGUGUCUGCUUCAAACUCUAUCCUUUCGUCCACGAAGGCACCUGUUUGGUACUCUGGCAUUUCGCACUCGCUAGGCAAUAACCCUCUCUUGGUUCCAAUCUUGCGCGCACCCGUAGAGAGCUUCGCCACGGACUCAUCUGACGAUUCGGGUGCUCCAAGCAUCGCUGAUGCAGCGGAGAAAGGCGGAGAAGGGUUAUGGGCCGGAGGUAACAUGGGUUUGGUGACAGGCUUCCAAGCGACCACUGGGGCCAGGAUUACUUGGGUUGGAGGCGUCAGCGUUUUUAGCGAUGAAUUCGCUAACAAGGAAGUGACAAAAGGAAAAGCAUCUGGUAAUGCCGCGUUCUCGCAAGACAUUGCUGCUUGGACAUUCCAGGAGAGUCUCGUUCUACGUAUUGACGAAACUACGCACCACAAGGUCAACGAAUCCACUCCACUCAGCCAGUACACCACCAACGACGUAGUCACUUAUACCGCACGCAUCUCCGGCUGGGACUCCGGCAAGGCUCAGUGGUUGCCUUACUCUGGUCUCAAAGACAUACAACUCGAGUUUACGAUGCUGGACCCCCAUAUUCGUACUGCUCUGCCUCCUGUCAAGGGGUCGCCCGGAACAUACUCUACGACCUUCCGUGUGCCUGACAGACACGGCGUCUUCAAAUUCGUCAUCGACUACAAACGCAAGGGUUUGACUCACUUGCAGAGCUCUACCACUGUCCCUGUUGUCCCCCCGCGACACGAUGGAUACCCCCGUUUUUUGAGCGCGGCCUGGCCAUACUAUGUCGGUGCCAUCAGCACCAGCAUUGGAUUUAUCUUGUUCUCGACGAUAUGGCUUGCCGGAGAUGUCAGAGAAAUGGAGAAAGGGAAAACAUCUAAAACUGAGUAG